GCUCAAGUCAUUGCCUCAGAACCGCCGAGGGGGGCGUCGCGUCAAGCGCAUCCGUGGGCCUCUCGCGUUGCGCGAAGAAGCGCGAAAAAGGAAAAGCUCAGCAUGAGGCCUGGAGUGGUCUUCGUGCCGUUCCUGGCGUUCUUCGCCUUCUGGAACUUCUGCAAGCUUCCGUUUUACUGGGAAACGGAGCCCAUGACGGACGUCACCUACAACACCACUGCUUGUCUCGCCGCCGAUCGUCCGCAGAGCUGCUCUGGACUCACCUUUGAAUAUCACUUGUUCCGCGCCUUCGGCAUCGACUCCAAGUACAAGAUGGUGGCGUCCAAGGAUCUCUUCAUCAUUCCCCACACGGCGAUCGGAGUUUGCUUGGAUGUUCUCUUCAUUUUUGCGCUGGUCAUGGGGAAGCGAGGCCUUUACGAGCACAGCAAGCUCAUGUUGCCCAUGGCGGCCAUUUUUGCGAUUCACGUGCUACCUGCGGCGGACGGCUCUCCGGAUAACGUCUACCACAUGCCCAUCAACUACAUCUUGGCGAUCGGCAUCCUCAUCGCCUGUGCUGUUGGGGCGCUGGGCAUGUACAACGACUUCAAGGCCAACGAUGGGGAGCCGCCCAGCCGGAAGCGGUCCGGCCCGCUGCUCUUCUAUUCCUGGGUGGCCCUCGGGAUUUUGGUGAACUCCGCGCCCCUCUUCGAGUGGGUCCUGAUGGGCACGAGUUGGAGAUCCAAAGCGGUGCCGGAUGUGCCGCACCCCGACUCCGGCCACGACUUCUACACUGGCCUGGGCUGCCCUUGGCUGGGCCGAAUCGCCGCCAUGAUGGCCCUCUUCACCGUCUUCAUGUACUCCUUCGACGUCUAUGCAGAAGAGAAGGGCGAGAGAUGGAGAAGUCCCUUCAACAGGGAUGGGCCGGCUCUGUGGCAGCUCGCACGUCGCCCGUACCCCGACGUGGAGAAGGUCUUCUACCAGAUGCCGGAGCGUUGGCUGGAAGCCACCGGGGAGUGCUUCGUGCUCUGCAUCGGCGUCUCUUGGCUGGUGACCGCCAUGUUCAAUCCAGGCAUCUUCCGGGACAACAUCCUCCGCAGCUUGGUGGGCUACAACAACCUCUGCGUGGGCUUCGACAGCGUGCCGGCGCGCUACUGCGCCAUGCCGCUGCUGGUGAUCCAGGCGGUGCUGGCCGCGCGCUAUAGCUACCUGGACACCAUCCGGCUCAAGGCGACCCGCGCCUAUCUGAGCUGGUUCCAAUUUCAGUUCGGAUAUUGGGCCAACAUGAUCUUCGCUGUCUGGAUGGCCUGCUUCCCGAUGUUGUUGGUGAUCACCGCGGAGUUCGAAUCCUGGGCCAGCACCAAGAUCCACCUCUUCCUGUUCAUGGCCACAUUGUUCAUCAUGUGGGCCAUGAUCGCCGGGAACAUCGUGGAGGCCGAGGAGCUGGAGACCCCCACAAAGAUCUGGUUCUUCCUCUUCACCAUGCACACCUUGCUCUUGCCGGUGGUUGGGGUCAUCGAUGUCCUUGGCUUCCAUCCAGACCUGUCGCCAGAGCAGAUCCCCUCCAUUCGCUAUGAGCACCCGGAGCCCCCGGUCCCUUGGCCGGUGACGGCGUACUUGGACUACGGCUGGUUCCUGCUGCUGCUGCUCACCGUACUCUUCCUGCCCGACGCCCCGCCGGUGGAGACAAGGAUGCAGGUGGAGAUGGGGAUGACAUACGGCAAGACGGAAUCCCAAGAUGAGGACGAGACGGAGGAAUCUGACUCGGAAGGAGGUUUCAAGUUUGUGGCCUGCGAGGACGAAUGAGUCAGAGCAACGGUCAAUGUUCACCAUGUACUGUGGGGA